UUGGGGUUAUUCGAACUAUCAGUGGGUGACAACCCGAGAGCAGAUGGUGCUUCAGAGCUGGCUGCUGCUAGACUAGCCGUUAGCCAUGUUAACCAGCGAGCUGUGCUGCCAGGCUACAAACUACAGCUGAUCACCAAUGAUACCAAGUGUGACCCUGGCGUGGGCGUGGACCGUUUCUUCCACGCUCUAUACACCGAGCGUGACUCCAGAAUGGUGAUGUUGUUAGGAACAGCCUGCUCAGAGGUCACCGAGAGCAUAGCCAAGAUCGUACCUUAUUGGAACAUUGUUCAGGUGUCUUUUGGGUCGACGUCACCGGCUCUAUCGGACCGCUCCGAGUUCCCACUGGAGUUUGGCUGGGAUACGGUGACGGCUUUAUCUCAAAAUGAAGAGAUAUAUUCGUUGGCUGUCAACGAGCUGGUCACUCAAUUGGAAGCUGCCAACAUUACCUGCGCCGCCUCCAUCACCUUUGCGGAGACUGACUUCAAGGAGCAACUGCAGCAACUCAAGGUUAGAACAAAAAUUGAUUUUCCGUAUUUUGCGAGAUCGCAGGCGUUCAAGUUGGGCAUGUUCGGAGCAGAGUACGCGUGGCUGGUAGCUGGUGCACCGCCAAGGAUACGAGGCUCAGCGCCGUGUGCGCGUGCACACUUGGCCAGUGCUUUAGAGGGACUGAAUGCUUCGUGUAAGGCAGGAUCAAUUACAGUGAGCAAAGUAUCGAACUUUAUACGUUUUUGUGAUCAUACGAGUAGUAUGGCACAAGCCGGUGUGAUAGCGUCACCGUACGCCCCACAGACUUAUGACGCGGUUUGGGCUAUAGCGUUGGCAUUGAGCAGAGCAGAGGCUCUUUGGAGGAGUUCAGAGGAAACCACCACCAAAAGAUGGAGGUUGGGAUUGAACAACUUCGACUACAACAGGAAGGAUAUGGCCGAGGAGUUCCUCAAUCAGCUUGGGAAUUUGAGUUUUUUAGGGGUAUCGGGUCCCGUGUCCUUCAACGGAGCAGAUCGUAUAGGAACAUCUGCUUUCUACCAGAUACAGGGUGAGCUUUUAAGUUCGUUUUUAAUAAACUCAGUAUCACACAACCUCACUCCUCGAAAAUUAACCGUCUAAAGAAGCAUGCCAACCGACAACGGCGGUCAAUCACGUGACGUCUUUUUUACGCAUAUCCGCUCCCCCCUAGCACGGGUUGACGGGUUAUGUGUAACUUUCCCCUGCGAACCCACCUCAAAUAACAGGGCAUACCCACUAAAACUUAGCGAUAUCCCUCUCUAUGGAGGGGAAACACGGAGACAGCCUAAAGACCACGUACCGCGCUGUUUACAUCUAUUUUGGCCCACAUCUUGCAGGGACCGGUCCCUCUACGGGUUGGGAGUAUGAUUCAGAGACAUCACGUGACAUCCUAGUCUAUGCAUAUUCCCAACUAUAUAGUAACUAGCUUUCUAAACUGAGAAAAGUGAAAAUUUUUACCUGGUAAUUCUCAACAACUUCACUUUUAUACAUUUCUAAUAAUAAAAAGUCCUAGUUUUAUCAAACUGCUAUCAACCGACCAUUAAAAAAAAAUCAAAAACCUGUUUAAGAUGGUCUAAGUACAGUCUUAGACAUGUUCAACUUUCAAUUCAGAAACCGAGUGUAUGUCUCUAUAUAUUGUCUUGUGAAAUUAUGGUGUUAUCGUCAGGCGGUCGAACUCGGACGGUGGCGUUAUACCUGGGCGGGCGGGCGCUCUCAUGUGCGGAGUGCUCGCGCGCGCAGUGGGGGGGCGGGGUGCCGGCCGCCCGGCGGGUGCUGGUGCUGCGCGUGGACUCGGUGUGGGCGCCCGCCAGGCUCGCGGUGGCCACGCUCGCCGCUGCAGGGGUCGCGCUCGCGCUAGCAUUCCUCGCCUUCAACUUGCAUUAUAGUAAAAGAAGUAACCGCAGCGGCGUUUGCAAGACGAAACUUCUUCAAGACACUCCGCUGAUAUCUCUGGUGUGCGCACUUCUCGUGAUCGAUGGGAUGAUCGUCACUCUAUGGGCCACUCUCGAUCCCAUGGAGAGGCAUCUAAAGAACCUCACCAUAGAAAUCAGCCCGAAUGACCGGAGCGUAGUUUAUCAACCGCAGAUAGAAAUAUGCAAGUCCCAAAACACAACUGGCUGGCUAUGCGCUCUGUACGCGUACAAAGGUCUUCUGCUUCUGGUCGGUGUUUAUAUGGCGUGGGAGACGAGGCACGUGAAGAUAUCAGCCCUCAAUGACUCCAAGUACAUCGGUAUCAGCGUCUAUUCGGUCGUCAUCACCAGCACCAGCGUUGUCGUGAUCGGAACCAUUAUAUCGGAGAGGGCAACGCUUGCCUAUAUUACUAUAACCAGUCUUAUUCUUAUAACGACCACCUCUACUCUAUGUUUAUUGUUUCUACCGAAGAUAGUCGCUAUUAGAACGAAGAGUGAAGACGAUCCUGUAAUACAAAGUUUAGGGCUUAGAUUGGAAUGUAAAACGAGACGAUUCGUGACAGACGAAACACAAGAGCUGCAUUUCAGGAUAGAGAUACAGAACAAAGUAUACAAACGGGAAGUAGCGGCCCUAGACAAAGAGAUCUGCAGGUUAGAGAAACUACUGGCGGAACCAUUGGAACCUGCCAACAAUUAUAAUACAUCUGUCGCCUUACAUAAAAGAAUGGAGCUAAAUACUGUUGAAGAGGAAGGCAGGUGUCGUUCAGAGUCAGAUAGACGCACGCCCAGUAUCACUGGCGGCCUUCCGUUGCUGCUGCUUUCUGUACUACCUCCAGUCAUCCCGCGAGCGAGCUGGCCUUCCGCUGAAGCCUGCCGCGGACGAAACUCAGUCAGCUUUAGCUCCCAACCCAAACUGUUCCAUAGAAAAUCCACCCCUGCCAUAGACUUAUACAAUCUCUGCCUCAACAAAAGAGAAGAGAACACCGGUCUUCUGAGUAGACUAAAAAGUUUCUUCGGCAGUAGACCGUCUAGCAGAAAAGCAUCGACGAUGUCCAUAGCGGAUCCCACGGGGCAAAGCAUCGCGGCGGCUCUGAAAAUGCACGUAGGAAUGAUAGCUGGUCUCGUGCCCGGUAACAGGAAACGUUCCAUGGUACUCUCUUGUAACACGCUCAAUGUUCCGAAUCCUGAAAUGAAACUGAGAAGGGAAUCUUACACUAGGAGUGGACCAAUUAUAAGGAUAACGGACGACGAGCCGUCGUGUUCGAAUUACCAAUCGGAGAGGAGCUCGUCAUCCGGGAUCAAUAAAUAUGUUGCGGAGCCAGAGACAAAAGUGAACUUCGUGUUGCCAGCUACACAUAAUAGACCGAUGUCUCAUCAAAACUCGUGCGAGAGAAUCCGAGGAUCGCCAAGAUUUCCGCAUAGGAUAUCACCGUCAGCAUCCAGUCUGUCGACUUUGGACACCAGAAGAAAGACUAGUGCAGAUAGCGUUUUCAACAUAUCUGACAAGAUAUUCGAUGAGACGAGGAGAUUCAGCCAUCAGCACGUCGGUCAGAGACUGACAGACAAAUCAGUUUUGGAAAAUAAAUGGAAAUCAACAGAGGACGCUCGACCCGGACCUUCUACUGAAAACUAA